AUGUCGGCUAUGAUCAAGAACAGUCUACUACCCUGUAUAUUCUAUAAGAUCGACGAUAAUCACUCUAUAUGUGAUCUAUUGGCAUUGGACCCUAGUUCUAGAGAUUAUAUGGCCCUAGGAAAUCGCAUUGGAGCAGCGAUUCAUGGCGUCAUCACUUCCAAUGCUUGGGCUCUAGACUUGGUUCGUAUAAACGAGUCUAAUCCCGACAUUAUACAUAUUCUAGAAGUAUCUACGGAGAA